UCCGAAUUGAAUGUUCAAUUACCAAUCUAUUGAAAAAUUUCUGCAAAUCUGGAUGAAACUGGUGAAGUGAUGAUCGCCGUAUCAGAAUCUCUGGAAUAUAUUCCACGAGGUCGGCAGGCGGUCGAUGAACAUCCUGGACCAACAGAAAUAAAACAACAUCCACAUUUGCCCUCAGAGAAUUUGUUAUUAUUGCGUUUACAAAAUGUCAAUAUAUCGGCCAAGGAGGAACACAACGAAUUUUGGUGUGUCCGUGAAAUUUAUGAAGAUUUUAAUCAAAGCAACAACAAUAAAAAUGCUAAUAAGAAACAACAACAGAAUAAUAAAGGACAUAGUUUGGACGCCAAUUUGAAUAAGAGCAGUGAAACAAAACCGCCACCCACUGGCCCACCGGAAUAUAUGUGCGAUUAUUUGGUUAACUCUGAAGAGGAAUUGUAUGUUCGGAAACAUACUGCUGUGUGGACAAGGGGCAUAUCCGAUGAACGCUGUAAUUUACCAAGACUCUGUUUCACUUGUGAAACACCCAUUAAAUUUGCCUUCUUUUGUCACAAGUCCUUCAUCAGUUCACCCAAGGAACAAUUGGCCGAAGAGGAAUCUGGACAAAAAAUCACCUCAAUUUGUUUGAUAGAUCAAAAUUCUUUGCGUGUCUAUUGUAGCAAUGGUGAAGAUUUCCUCUCAAAUCUGGAAUUUCCCGUCUCACACGUGUGGCCAACACGUUUUGGUAUCCUGUUGGAAAAGGUCGCUUCGAAUACGAUAAUACAAAAUCAUUCGAUUUCAAUGCCGCGACUAUUUUCUUUAAGUCAUCCAUUGGAUGAAAUAUGUCCAGUACUCAAUAAAUCUUCGACAAAUGUUAUUUCAUAUCUUAUCGAAUCAGAUUAUAAGAUCAUAUUCUCCGAUGAAAAAUCCGAUUUGUUGCUAUUGUGUGAUACUAAAAUUGGUAAGCAUUUUAUAUCACGCCUGCGUAAAGCCAGUGCCGAGGAGGUACAAUAUAUUGGAGCACAAAAUGAAACAGUUUUAAGUAGCAGUGUUAAUCAGUUCAGUGUGCACAAGCCCAAUUUGGGUGGAACUGUUAAUCAGUGCAGUUUCUCCCAGAGUAGUAUGAAAUUUAGUGGAGUUACUCCUAAAAACAGCACAGCCCAUUUGGGUCGCACUAGUUUGGGUACCUCGAAUUAUACAACACAUAUUAGUAAAUUUUUGAAUAGUGCCCAUUCAAUUAGUGGAGCUUUUGGUAAUUUGAACCGUUCCAGUCCAGCCUCACCCUUAAGUAAUUUACAAUCCACCAUUGGCCAACAUUCUAUAUCCGUACAGGAUAUACGCAAAUGUGGUCAAAGUCAACCAUCCAAACCCAUAGUACCGGAAUUAUGUUUGGAACAUAUUUGGACUGAAAAUACCUAUGGAAACUCUCGAGACUUCUGUGAAAUAUCAUCAAAGGCUUUUAUACACACAGAUUUGGUGGGACAAACUUAUCUCUGUUAUCUGCUACCACGUUCGUGUAAAUUACAAAUGGUCAGACUGAAUAAUUAUGAUAGCGAAAAUUUAAACAUUGCCACAAUGUGUACUUCUAUUGUGGCCAAGGAUGCUGUUUCUCUGGAGCGCAUGAAUAUGAUAGCUGUUUUGGAUCCUUCGGGUACGCUAAUACUUUAUACCGGCACUGUAUUGGUAUCCAAAGUUCAUAUACCAAAUACAAUAUCGGGUAAUACACCGGCUUCUAAAAUGCCCACAAGUGUACAUAAUAUAACACCAUGUAUGCAAAAUAAAUCACCAAAUACCUCAUUCCCAAGGCGCAGCAGUUUAUUACCAUCUGCCCAAAAACCAAGUGAUUCGACAUUUGAAGAAGAGCUACAUUUGCUGUCGCCUGUGCAUCCUUUGCAGCCACAGUUUUUGAGCAGAUCCAAUAAUAUAUGUUUGAGUCUUCGUGAUCCAGCUGGUAAUCGCCUGACGCUCACCUACAGUUCAGGGAAAAUGUUACGCAUUACCUUACCCCUGAUAAAUGAAACAAAACUUGUUAGCCGUUGUAUUGCAGCACUGCGUCAAGUUUUAAAACGUGAACAAUUUAUACAAAUGAUUACAAAAUGGUAUGGUUCACGUAAUCCACCCGGAUCUCGAGAUUAUUGUAUCGAACAAGAAUGGGAUAUAUUUCGUAAUGUUCUAUUGGAUUUAAUGGGUUAUUCGGAAACAAUGCAUGAUGUUAGUAGUGGUACGGCGACUUCCUUCAAUGCCGAGGAACCCAAGAAACGUAAGAAAAAUGAUGAAAUCCACUCGGGUACCGAUGAAGAUUGGCAAUUUAUGUUGAAUAUAUUGGAUGGCAUUGAUACCAGUGCAAAUGGCAAUGGUGGUGGUGGGGAAAGACAACAAACAUGCAAUAGCAUAGAUACCACUGCUAUUUUAUUUAAUACAAUACCAGCUAUAUUCUAUAGUUUUCAUUUACUCUACGAAGAUUUUAAAUUGGAUGAUUCUAUGCAUCAGCAUUUGAGGCCAUUGGCCAAGUUUCUCCACCAGUUGGCCUUUGAUAUGCAAUUGCAGUCGUAUACAUUUCAUUAUUCAUUGGAUUUCCCAUGCCUUGUCCGCAGUGCUUCGAAGGCUUGUAUAUUAACCGAACAACAUGGUUCACAAAUGUUACACAAAGAACUGUUGACAGUACCAGCUCCAAAUGUUUUCCAACAAAUUGAAUAUAUUUUGAAGGAUAAGGAGAAUAUACCAUUUAAUUAUGUGGAUGGUAUUAAUGAUUUGAGUCGUAAUGUUUUACAGGUCAUCUCAUUAAUUAUGCAUGGUCAUGGAAAAAUCAAGAAAUGGAUAAAACCAUUGGACUUUGCUGAAUCCGUACAAUCAUAUUUUGCGAAGAGGCCAAAACGUUUUAUAUCUGUUAAUGUUUCGCGAUCCGAACAGGUUAUACAGAUGUUGAUCAAUAUGGAAAUAACCCGAAAAGAUAUCGAACGUUUGCCGGUAGCCAUACACCUCUGUAUUGCAGAAUGCUUAGAAUAUUCACGUCUCGAACCACCAAUUGGUUGUUCUCCCACAACAUAUGAGUUGAUUUUACGUUCCGAUUUAGUUGCACAUGCUAAAUUACAAAAUCAAAAUUUUCAAACACCCAAUUCGGGUUAUUUGCAAAAAGUCAAUAUCGAUACAGAAGAUUCCCUGUCAGCACGAUGUCCACCAUCUAAAAAUGGUAUAUCACAAAUGGAUGCCGCCCUAGAUGAUGGUAUGGAUAAUAUUGAUACAAAAUUGCUUAGUUUACGUUUUCCUGAUGAUAUGCGGGUUGCGGAGGUACGACGCCUUUUGUCGUCUUCUGAACCGGUAAUAAUUGAUAUAACACAAUCACCGGGUACAUCAGAUCAUGAAUUUAUCGAAGAACAGGAAAAGCAAUUAUUUACCUUGUGUACAAGAACAAUGACGCUGCCCAUGGGUCGUGGUAUGUUCACACUAAGAACUUCUAUACCCACACCCACCGAAUCAAUGCCCAUACCCAAGUUGUGCUUGACGGGUAAGGAACCGAUCAAGGGAGCCACUGUCGAAAUGCAACAAAUUGAAUUCCCAGCCAAUAUGAGUCUGUGGCCCACAUUUCAUAAUGGUGUGGCAGCGGGAUUAAAAAUAUCACCCAAUGCCCGAGAUGUGGACUCAACAUGGAUUGUUUAUAACAAGCCCAAAGGUCAGGCGGAUAUAUCCACAGAACAUGCUGGAUUCCUUAUGGCUUUGGGUUUAAAUGGCCACCUCAAAACCCUAUCGUUUAUGAGUAUCUAUGAAUAUUUGGUGAAAUGUGAUGAAAUGACCAGUGUCGGCUUGCUGUUGGGUAUAUCGGCCACACAUCGUGGUACAAUGAAUAAUACAACAACAAAACUAUUAAGUGUUCACAUAGAAGCCUUAUUGCCCGCCACAGCUUUGGAAUUGGAUAUACCACAAAAUAUACAAGUGGCUUCCCUGAUGGGUAUUGGCCUGCUUUAUCAAGGUACCGCAAAACGCCACAUUGCCGAAGUUCUUCUACAAGAAGUCGGCCGUCCACCCGGCCCUGAAAUGGAAAAUAGCGUCGAACGAGAAUCUUAUGCCUUAACAGCUGGUCUGGCUUUAGGUUUAGUCACCCUCGGACAAGGAGAAUCUCCAGCUGGCCUACGAGAUCUUCAAUUACCCGAUACGUUACAUUAUUAUAUGGUGGGUGGUAAUAAAAGAAAUCUAACCGGUUCGCAAAAGGAAAAAUAUAAACUGCCCUCAUUUCAAGUGCGUGAAGGUGAUCAAGUAAAUAUUGAUGUAACAGCUCCGGGAGCUACACUGGCAUUGGGUUUAAUGUUCUAUAAUACGGAUAAUAAAGCUGUGGCAGAAUGGAUGAAUCCACCAAAUACACGAUAUUUGUUGGAUUUGGUUAGGCCAGAUUUAUUGCUGCUACGUACAAUUGCUCAUGGUUUGAUAAUGUGGUCAGAAAUUCAACCCGAUGAGGAGUGGUUACACAAUCAAUUCCCCGUCAAUUUACGUUUUGAUGUUGAGAAGGGUUCUCAGGUUAAUGAUAAUGAGGAUAUCGAUCAUGAAGCUAUAACUCAAGCCUACUGCAACAUAAUUGCCGGUGCUGCCUUUUGCAUUGGUCUAAAAUAUGCUGGCACUGAAAAUCCCGUGGCCUUUAAAACUCUGAGACGUGCUAUAAAAUUAUUUUUGGGUUUUCCGGGAAAAUAUGUCGGUGAAUUUGCUGGUCGCACAACAAUUGAAAAUAGUCUAAUGGUUAUACUAUUGGCUAUAUCAUUGGUUUUUGCCGGCUCAGGUGAUUUGGAAAUUCUGCGUAUUAUACGGUAUUUAAGAUCUCGUAUUGGUUCGGCACAUCCACAUGUCACAUAUGGCUCUCAUAUGGCCAUUCACAUGUCAUUGGGUUUUUUGUUUUUGGGUGCUGGACGUUUUACCAUAUCGAAAACACCGGAGGCGGUGGCUGCAUUGGUCUGUGCAUUGUUUCCGAAAUUUCCCACGCACAGUAAUGAUAAUAGAUACCAUUUACAAGCCUUCCGACAUUUGUAUGUUUUGGCCGUGGAACCACGUCUAUUUUUGCCUCGAGAUAUUGAUACUCAAAAAUUGUGUUUAUGUAAUAUAUCGGUAUUAGAAGUGGGUGCUAAGGAGAUGCGCCGUUUACCUAUGGCUCCCUGUAUGCUUCCCGAAUUGAAUUCAUUGCAGAAAGUUGUUGUGGAUGAUCCCAAUUAUUGGCCUGUAUCUUUUGAAAAGAAUCGAAAUUGGGAUCAGUUGGUAAAAGCUUUGGAAAAUUCUGCCUGUAUUGAAAUUAAAAAACGUUCCGGGUGUUUGUCACACUUGGAAGAUCCAGAUCGUUUGAAAAGUUUAUUCUCUCAGACAUUGACCACGGAACAAUACAUUUGCUGGGAAAUUGAUCCAAAAACAUUGGAACGUUUCUCCAAUGAGCCGUAUGUCAUUGGAUUUACAGAUCGUUUUUUGCAUUUAGAUGAACCCGACUCGACAAACGAUGAAUUGGCACUGAAACAACAUCUGACCAUGCUAUUCUAUAAUGCCGUGGUAAAAGAUAAAAUGCAUGUUUUACCCAUUUAUUUGGCAAUUUAUAAUCAUGUUUUAAAACUCAACACCAGGGAUCCGACUUUCUAUAACAUUUGGCAGUUGAAAUUAUUAAAUUCUUAUUUGGAACAGUAUUCACAUCCGCACAUACUGUUCCCCAAGGAAUUGAUAUCAUCGUUUAUUGAACAAUUUCAAACAUUCAUUGAAACGUGUCGUCAUAAAUUGGCAGCGCCUUUAAGGCAAUUCAUUACAGCCAGAGAUUUUGAAUCUCACAUUGUGGCCAAUCUAUCGCAACAGGAUUUGGCAAAAUUGGUAUCAGUUGUCAUCUACUAUCAACUGACACCAAAUCUAUUAAAUAGUCUAGUACAAAGACCCUCAAAUUAUGUUGGUUAUAUCAAGGAAUUGAGAAAACUUAAUUUAGAAGGCAACACCAUACAAUGUUUGUUGAAAAUUUUACAAGCAACAAGUGCCUAA